GGGUGUUUGGGAAAAUCACUUGUUGGAAAAGAGAGGAAUCUAAAUUUACCUGACAGCAGUUACUCAGCCUCAUCAUGGUUUGAUUAUCGCUAUGAACCUCAUAAAGCCAAGCUGUACGGUAAAUAUGGAUGGGCACCAAGGUAUAAUGAUAAUCCUGAUGAUUACCUGCAGAUUAAUCUCAGUACUACACGUGUUAUUACUGCUGUAGCAACACAAGGAAAUGGUGGUGAUAAAGAUGACGAAGAUCAUAAGGAAGUAAAAAAUGAGUGGGUGAUAAGUUACAAGAUGAACUACUCAGAUGACUCGUCAAACUGGAUCAGUUAUGAAGACGACAACGGUGCACACAAGGUCGAUGGAAACACCGACAUAGACAAGGUGGUACGACAUGAUUUCAAAACACCCAUCAUAGCCCAGUACAUAAGAUUUAUACCACUGGAUUAUAAAACUGCUAAGACAAUGCGAGUGAAUGUUUACGUAUCCACUAAAAUACAAGUGCCGCCAUCUAUCACAGUCAAAUCUUUUGAAAGGUCAAUACGGAUAGAAUGGACGAUAAAGACUUGUUCCGCCACAAACCCUAUCACAGCUUUUAAGGUGAAGGUUGGAAGUAAUGUGACAACAAUAAUGCAGAGCAAUACAACUAGAAGCUAUAUCUGGGCCAAUCUAAAGCCAUACACUGUAUACCAUGUAUCAGUGGGAGCAGAAACCCAAAAUGGAUCAACAUGGAGUGAGGUGAAAAAGAUUAGAACUUUAGUAGCAGAGCCUGCGAUUGCACCAACAUACAUAGUUGCGCGUCCAACCUCUUCGAAGACAAUACRAUUGGAAUGGGCGGUAAACGUAAUGCAAUUAUUUUAUAUAGUGUAUUCUACAGAGUACAAUUAACGAUUUAAUUGUUCUCCUCUUGUUCAAUCAGAAACGAGUAAUUUCAUUGAGGAUAUUAUAAACCCCUUAGGGCCGGCUUAGAUGGUACGAUUUUCGCCUACAACUAUCGUAUACAACACGCUCGGGUC